CUUUCUUCCUCUCCCUUCUCUCUCUCCCUCUCGAACUCGUCAGUUUCACUCUUUCCUCCUCUUUGCUUCACUUUCUGUUUGUUUCUCGGGAAAAUCCCUCCAGCUCUUCGUUUAUUCUUCUUUAUUUUUUUUCAAUUUGAUUUGAUUUGAUUUGAUUCGACGUGUGCGGAUCACCAGGCAGGUGGAGCCAUACCACUUCUCAAGAGAAUUUGCCAGAAAUGCUUCGUUCUCAUCUAUUACGAGCGUGCUCUGUUCAUGUGAAGCUCGCUGGAUCUUCUAGCCUCCAUUUCUAGGGUUUUCGGACCUCCGCAUCGUCCCCUGAACCGGUUUCGACAUGCACGGCCUUAGCCGGCUCGGCAAUGGCCGGUCCCUCAGCGUCAGCGUCGGAUCUCCGACGUCUCCGCCUUCCUCGCCUCGCAUUCGCCAUAGCCGCGGGGGGAGCCUAAGCGGAUGCUGCUCCCCUGGCGGCGGCGGCGUGUACAGGUCCGGGAAGCAGGGAUUGGUGGAGAGACUGGUGUUCGUGCUGGUUUCGGCGGUUUUCAGACGAAAAGGCGUGCUUCUAUUGGCGCCACUUUUGUACAUUGCCGGAAUGUUGUUGUUCAUGGGCUCGUUUGGAUUCACCGUCCUCGAUCUAGGGCAUGGUGUUGAGAUUAUUUAUAAACGAGGUCCGCCGGGAUCGGUGUACCGGAGUCCUAAGGUCUUCAAACGGCUAUGGCCGAUGAUGGAGGCCGACAUAAAUGCAACCCAUCACAAUGCAUUGAUGACAGCAUGGAAUCCCAAUGUCCAAAGCAUAUGGAAGCCGUGCAUCAGCACUAAUGUGUCUACAUCAGGAUCAAAUUCUAAUGGCUUUUUUAUAAUCGAAGCAAACGGCGGUUUGAAUCAACAGCGUUUGUCGAUAUGCGAUGCAGUUGCUGUGGCUGGACUGCUGAAUGCAACUCUUGUCAUCCCAAUUUUUCAUUUAAACAGUGUAUGGCGUGAUUCCAGCAAAUUUGGAGAUAUAUUUGACGAAGACUUCUUCAUAGAUUCUCUUAAAAAUAAUGUGAAUGUGGUGAAAGAGCUCCCCAAAGACAUACUUGAGCGCUACAACUAUAAUAUAAGCAGCAUCAUGAAUUUGCGAUUAAAGGCUUGGUCAAGUCCAGCAUAUUAUCUCCAGAAGGUGCUUCCACAACUUUUGCGUCUGGGGCUAGCCCAUGCAGUUCCUGCACACAUUCAAGGGCUUAGAUGCCUAGCAAAUUUUGAGGCACUGAGAUUCUCCGAGCCCAUUAGGAUGCUCGCAAAGAAAAUGGUCGACAGGAUGAUCGAGAAGAGCUUUCAGAGCGUAGGAAAAUAUGUUUCUGUUCAUCUCCGCUUUGAAACGGAUAUGGUCGCAUUCUCGUGUUGUGAAUAUGACUUUGGGGAGGCUGACAAGCAAGAAAUGGAUAAGGCUCGAGAAAGAGGGUGGAGAGGAAAAUUCAGGAGAAGAGGCAGAGUAAUUAGGCCCGGUGUAAACCGUGUAGACGGAAAAUGCCCUUUAGCCCCACUGGAGGUGGGAAUGAUGCUUAGGGGCAUGGGUUUUGACAAUAGCACCUUGGUUUACGUUGCUGCGGGAAACAUUUACAAGGCAGAGAAAUACAUGGCUCCUCUUAAGCAGAUGUUUCCUCUUCUCCAGACAAAGGAUACUCUAGCUACUCCGGAGGAACUUGCUCCAUUUAAGGGUCAUUCAUCAAGAUUGGCUGCUCUUGAUUACACGGUCUGCCUCCAAAGUGAAGUGUUUGUUUCCACCCAAGGUGGUAACUUCCCUCACUUCUUGAUGGGUCACCGUCGCUACCUUUACAAAGGUCACGCCAAGACUGUCAAACCCGACAAGCGAAAAUUAGUUCAGCUCUUAGACAUCCCCAAUAUCAGAUGGGACUACUUCAAGAAACAAAUGCAAGAUAUGCUCAGACACAGCGACGCAAAGGGAAUCGAACUGAGAAAACCCGCUUCGUCACUUUAUACGUUCCCGAUGCCCGAUUGUAUGUACAAAGAACCUGAACCCGAGACCAAGACCGAGGCCGAGGCCGAGACCCAAACCGAGCCGACCAUAUAAAUACACAGGACAGCCCAAAAAAAACUCACCUGGAAAGUCAUCACCAACACGAACAGUGUGUUAGUAAAUCUCACCCUCUCCCACUAUACAUGUAUUUUAAUGUUGUAUCAUCCAUCGUCUUUUUCCAGUUGCUCUCUUCUUCUUCUCAAGAGUUUGAGAAUAUAAAAAAAAAAGAAAAAGAUUCUUUUACCUCUCAUAUCUGAAUUUAUAUGUACAUAACAUUCUUUUUUUUUUCUUUUUUCUUAACAUUGAGACAAUUUUUUACA